AUCUGUGGGUUCGGCACGCUCUGCCUCCAGGUUGCAUAGAUGAAUGAUGAUGAGUGUUGGUGGGCUUAAAAAGGACUUUCAGAGCAGACACAAGCAUCGUAUUGAUUUUAGUCGGAGACGAGCAAUGGCAGGCCUGGCUUUCUUCUCGCUUCUUCUCGUUGCUGUCAUGGUGUCCACAGCCUCAGCUCAAGGUGGGUUGCCCAGUUGUUGUCUAAAACUUGGAAAAACUAAAGUCCAUCGAGACCAGCUGAAGAGUUACUACGUACAACUCACGACGACGCAGUGCACAAAGAAGGCAGUGGUAUUUACAACGGUGAAAGACAAGAGGAUCUGCUCUCACCCCGAGGAGAGUUGGACAAAGAACAGCAUGGCCUACCUGGACAAAAAACGGGCCACUACACAAAUUAGACUAAAAUGAAAGGGCAAUAGCUCCCAAAUGUCUCUUCUCCCGUUUGAGUUCCACAGACUUUUGAAUGUUCUCAUAUUUACUGCCAAGUCCUUACCUCAUUUUAGUGGAAAUGAUACCUAUUAUAGCUGCCUUUUUGUGUAUGUCGGUCCAAUUAUUUGAUUUUGUUUGAUGACUGUCAACAUAUAAAUACUACUACUUACCGAAUAAAUGAAUUG